UAGAAACUAAAUCAACAUCUAUGACCCUCUCAUAUGCACGGCUGCUCACUAUGAUUAAAUCAUAUCAAAUGUGUCACAUGAUGAUUUAUUAUUUGUCAUGUUGCUAAGGUCCCUGUACCCCAGUUUAGAGAGCCAGCUCACUCUAACCCCUAUGGAUAGCCUGUGAGAAUAGUGCAGGCUGCAGACCAUAUGGUCCUCAUGGUACAGGCAAGUGAUGCUACCUGGCGAGAGAGAGAGAGAGAGAGAGAGAGGGAAGAGAGAGGGAGAGACUUCAGGAGCUGUAGCCUACUUAGCGGGGGGAAAAAAAGACACUGGAGCGAAUUCAGCCUUUUGCUUUGAGUGUACCCAGCUUUACACAGUCUCACUCAGACGACAAAAAGAAAAGAGAACACCGAGGGAGAGAAAAAAAAAACAUACUAGGAGACUUGGCUGAUGCAUCUCUGCCAGAGCAUCCAUUUCACGGCGAUUACAGUUUGAAGCGGAGGAGGCGGUGCGCAUUUCUCUGAGAAACACGGUGCUUUUCUCUCCUCCGAAGUCAGUUUCCUAGAGCGGCUGGCGGGCGGAAAGACACUUUUACCCCUGCGUUUGCCGAUACGGAUAGUAGGCUAUUUCAUAAGAAGCCUGUUUACUUGGAGCACAAAUUAGGUCGAACGCAAUUCCAGCAGGCUACACGGCAUCUUGUUUGUGAAGUGGAAUUUGCGGUCCGCAGCUUAAGACGCAAACGGAAUACCCGACGGUUCAAGUUUUCCUGGAAGUUGCGCAGUGACAUAAAAACAUGGGAAUUCGUGGCUAUUUGGCGGUGCCUGGAAAAUGCCUUGUCGUCCUCGGACUUAAAUUGUUAUUCCUUGUACCUGCAGGAGUUCCAGCCAGAAGCGGAGAUUCUGUAUUAAAGGACAACAUCACCGUCAGACAGGGGGACAGCGCCGUCUUAAAAUGCAAUGUGGACAGCAAAGUAUCGCGAGUGGCGUGGCUCAAUCGCACCACCAUUCUAUUCGCAGGAAGUGAGAAGUGGUCUCUAGAUCCUCGUGUCAUCCUGAUGGAAAACACAGCGGUCACAGAGUACAGCAUCAAGAUCCAAAAUGUUGACGUCCAUGAUGAGGGGCCCUACGUCUGCUCCAUCCUCACAAACAAGAAACCAAAAUCCACAAAAGUGCAUCUCAUUGUUCAAGUACCCGCUAGGAUCACUAACAUAUCGAAGGACAUCACAGUGAACGAGGGCAGCAACGUCAAUCUUAUGUGUCUGGCAGUUGGUCGACCUGAGGCUAACAUCAUAUGGAAGCAUCAUUCGCCAAGAGGCACCCAUAAAUUUAUGACGGAGGGGGAGCAUCUUGAGCUGACAGCCGUCACCAAAGAGCAGUCAGGAUCGUAUGAGUGCAUUGCUUCUAAUGACAUCUCAACCCCUGAUGUCAGGACAGUGCAAGUCACCAUCAACUAUCCUCCCUUCAUUUCUAAGGCGAGGAGUACGGGUACUGCAGUUGGACAAAAAGGAGUCCUGCAAUGCGAAGCCUCUGCUGUCCCGAGGGCAGAUUUUGAGUGGUACAAAGAAGACCGCAGGCUCUUCAAUGGAAUAAAUGGGGUUAAGAUAGAGAAUCAAGGUAAACAGUCAAUGCUCGUCUUUUUCAACGUCUCGGAAGAAGACUAUGGGAACUACACGUGUGUUGCCAUGAACACCAUGGGAAUCACUAAUGCCAGCAUAAUCCUUUAUGGUCCUGGUGCGAUGCACAAUGUCAACGGGGCAGCUGUAUUGCCUCGUUGCUCUGUAUGCCUCCUGCUGACGGUCACCUUACUCUACCUGCUGAAGUUCUGAUGUGAAAUGUGACAACCUUCGAGCUUCUCUCAGCAUUGAACAGCAAGAACAGACUAUUAGUCUAUGAGAAGAAUGGAAAUCCAAGAGCGCCAGUGGUUCACCCUUCGUUUUCUUUCUUUUUCUUUCUGGCUUUGCGUUGGAGUCUGUUCUCUGUUGGCUCGCCAAGAGUAAGAGGCAUCAAUCCGAGAAAGGGAAAAAUUUGAAUCAUGCACUAAAUUGAUGAUGGUAGAACUACUGAGUUUGUGUCUCCCCAAACCUUUUUGUAUGUGAAAAGGGAAAAAGAAAAAAUAAAUGUAACUGUUGAUAGUUGACUGUUUAUUGCCCAAUAUUGAAGUGUACAUUCAGAUUAUUAUUAUUGUGUCACGUCCUGUUCAAUAUCUGUACAAUACCAUUACGCUUUUUUAAGUAAAUGACAAAAAAGGAAAAAAUGCAAUGUGAUUGUUGAAUUUUACUGUAUUUUUACAGUUGUAUGCAAAACAGAAUAACAGAUCCUUCACGAGAAACAGUUCAGAAUAAUAAAUAGUACACCAUGAUUUCUCAGGCAAAGUCCUACAGCAUAGUGCAUCCAAAUUUUUAUUUCCAUCGUAGUGUGUGUAGAAAAUGUACAAAUGUGUACAGACUAUUCCUGCACUGUUGUUUUUCAGAAUGCAUACACUUAUCAAAUGGCAUUUUUGAAACUCCUAAUCACAGUGUCAUAGCAGCUUCAUGGCAUAUUCAUACUGGAUACCGAGAAUCUGGAAAUCAUUAAAGCAUUGGUUAGUGUGUGGUCUGAUGAGCAACAUGACGCUGGACUGACGUCUUACUACGUGCUGCUGUUAAUUGGGGAAAGUAAAUUUUAAUUUGUAAAACAUUUUCCACAAACAUCUGAUGGCAUUUUGGGCUUGCCUUGUUUCACUGUUGCAACUAGUAUAACUCGCUUGGAGUAUAACGCUGAUGGUAAAUUAUCAAGUAGUCCCGAAAAUGUAAACAUAUUUGAUGUUAGUUUCUCAGGCAGCCACCGUGAUCCUCAAUUUCCCCUGGUCCAGCAGUGGACCUUUAUGCAAUAUCUGGACUCACAGAGACAAACAGCUUGCAGCUUAUCACAAAUCAUAUUUGUUUGUUUGUUUUUCUAUUGAUCUGCAAUUGUAAAAUAGAUGCUCCACUACUUAAUAAUAAAUGGUAAGCUUAUAUAAAAUAUCUAUGAAAAUGCCUAAAGCCACUACUAAGUAUUCACUACCAAUAAGUGAGAACUUGCAUAGCCUAUAGGUAAAGCUAGUUUAAGGACCAUGCUGGUGUUUUUUUUUUAUUUUUUUUUUUAGAGAUUUUAUCUUAUGUACUAGAAUCAUUCCAGAAACUUGUGGUAAGUACUGUACAGGCAAUUAUUGAAUUCCGUUCAUAUUUAUUGAUUUGUUUUUGUCUAUUAACCUUAUUGUUGUUAAAGUUAAGUAAUCUUUGUGUGGUAAUGCAAAUGAAAAGUAUACACUGCACUACCACUACCAUGCUUCAACAGCGUAACUCUAGCAACAAUAACAGCAUGUUCAUUGUAAAGGCUUACUGUCUUUAUUUUAAGUUUGUUUUAGUGUUGUAAUGGGUUUAGAUGUGCAAAAACAGUGGCAUGUUCCUUCAAUUAGCUUCUUCACAUAUUCAAUUAAUAAACUGAUAUUAGGAUCAAGGUUUACACUCAAACAUACUCUACCAGUCAACCAGAAAAUGUGUUCGAUCACCCAUUUUGAUGUUUUCUACUGAAAAUUCUGGCACGCAGCUCCAGUCCACAUGCAAGCCACAGAUGACACAAGCAAGAAUAUUUCAUAAAAGGAUAGUCGAAUCAACUUGAAUGAAUGCUCUGUGAAGCUGCUAUGAAGCUUUUUUCAGGUGUUAUGAAAGCACGCUUUUAACCCGGUUUGCCCCUGAGAUAAACGGCAGACACUGUUAUCAAGACUACAGGAGUGUUUGCUGUGUUCUGUGGUUGGUGGAUGCAUUUUCAAGGGAAAUUUUUUAGUCUGCAUUGGACAGAAAUUUCCAGUAAGGAAAAUAUAUUUACAGCACAAGUGAUUGAUAAUGUGAUGUUCUGCUAUUGUCCAGUACACUCCUGUGCAUACCUAUGAGUAAGAAGCGUGUUGACGACAAAACAACGGGGAUGAGAUUGAUGUACGU